AUGGUAGAUCGUCAAUGGAUGUAUGAAAGGGUUAAUGGAAAAUUUUUUAGUUCAACCUAUGCAAAAAAAGUCGACGAAUUUAUUGAAUUUGCUAGUACGCAAGACAAUGUCAUGAUUGAUGGACUAUUAAAAUGUCCAUGUGCAAAAUGUCGUAAUGUUCCAUAUUUGAAUCCGGAUGAUGUAAAGUUCCAUCUCUACCAAAAUGGGUUUCGACCUAAUUACCACAAAUGGACUUUUCAUGGAGAAGAUGACUUUGACAAUAAAAGUCCAGAAUGUGGUUACACUUCAAUCGGUGAUACAUCAAACCCAUAUAAAAGCAUGGUUUUAGAUGCAUUCGAAUCUAAUUACCAUUUGGAAUAUGCAUUAGAAGGAUCAUCUGAUAGGGAAGAACCAAAUCCCGAGUUCAAGAAGUUCUUUGACAUGCUCAAAGCUGAUGAGAAGCCUUUAUAUGAUGGCUGUAAGUUGUCUUUGUUGUCCGUUGCUGCGAGGAUAACUAAUUUGAAAUGCGAGUACAACAUGCCACAUAAAGCCAUUGAUUGUGUCGCUUCAUUGAUCAAGGAUAUCUGUCCAGAAAUUAAUAACAUGACAGAUUCUUUUUAUAAGACCCGAAAAUUACUUGAUGGGCUAGAGCUACCUCACCAUAAGAUAGAUGUAUGUCCUAAUGGGUGUAUGUUGUUUUGGAAGGAGAAUAGUGAUCUUGAAAAAUGUCGUGUUUGUAAAGUAAAUCGCUACAAGACAUCAAGAUCAAAAGUAAAAAAAAGUCCUAGAAAAGUGUUAUACUACCUGCCCAUUGCUCCGAGGUUACAAAGGUUAUAUGCAACAAAGUCUACAGCGGAAAAGUGUUAUAUCAAGUGUAUUUUGCACCAAACCCAACUGUGA